GUGACUCGAUGCCUGUGCUAGACCGGCGCGGCUGGUUGCGCCUCGCCGUCUUUGAGGCCCGCGCCGCGCCCGAGGAGGCGCAUCGACAUUGGAACAAAGUCCUCGCACUAUUCGCGCUCACGGAUCCGUCCACGCGCACACCGUUCCCCACGCCGCUGCCACGCUCGGCGCUGCCGGCCUUUGCAGACCCCAGCUGGCGCGCCGUCUAUGUGCGCUGGCGGAUGCAGGCCAUCGCUGCUGCGUCGCGCGCGCGGGUGACGAGUGCACUUAGACCGCACUCGAUGCGUGCUGCUGGCGCAGGCUUCGGUGCGAGUGCGACUGGGCUCAGGUAUGCUGGCUUUAGGCACGCUCGGCAUGCAUCCGGGUCGGAGUCAGGAGGUGGAGACCACGCGACUGUGCUCGACACAGUUAACACGUUCGGUACGCUUGCAAACACUUUGAUUGGUGCAACUACUGGCGGAGGCGGAGGCAAUUCUGCGUUUGGAUCAGCUGGCGGGCUAUUUGGCGCAGGCUUGUCUGGUAGUGGUUUCGGCGGUACGGGCUUUUAGAUCUCCUGGGGAUCGUACGCCUG